AUGUAGAGAUACUAUGAAUCAGACAGAUUAUCCCAACUUUCACAACCAACCAAGAGAUCAAAGAAGUACACGUAGAAUCAAUCAUUAAUGGUGAUGUCAAGGUAAUUAUGAUUUUGAGAGUAGACUGUGUGACAAUCAUUUCGAUAGGGACAUACAUGAGAAACCGUGGAUUUCCUUGGGAAUAUUCCGUUAUGAGUACUUAUACGAAUGUUAUUGAGCGUAGUCGGAUGAUCAAGUACGAGCACUCGGAUGCUGGACUGUCGUACACGAAUGUGAAGAUAAAGAAGUUACGAACAUUUUAAGAGUUAUGGGAGAAGAAUGAAGAGAUUCACAAUAAGAGUGAGCAGCAUCAAGGCUUUAGGGAAUUUAGGGAGUUCAAGGAUAUUUCUGAGGAGGAUGUGAUUGUUACAAUUGAAUAUUGGUAACAGACUAAAUUAAUUGCAGUACGAAUUGUCAUGAACACAUGAAUUCAACGAAGCAUGACGAAGCUCGUUAUCUGUCAUACGCCCAAGCCCUCAAGAAUGAGAUCAUCUAGCGAUUCCCAAUUGUUAAAGUGAUUCUCAAGCCCUUGAUAUACGACCAUCUCGAUCAUAGUAUAGACACUAUGUUCUUGUAGCGUCGAUUAGGUAUAUUCUCUAUUUGAUUCCCCUCCCCUUCUAGGUUGUUUUGAAGUCUAGGUGAUGUCCAAACAAAAAGGACAAAUAAAAUAAGCUGUGAUUGGAUCCAAACUUAAUACUAAGGCAUGGCCAUAGACUUCAGUGAUUAUAAAUAAGUUGCCUUAAUAUUUUAAGAAGGUUUCAUUCAAUAUCGAUUUGAAAUUCGCUGGUUCUGAUCAGAAAUUAAAAAACAUUGAUGUCAAAAUACAACCCUAUCGACCUGUCCAAACCAGAUCCCAAAGCAUUAUGUGUAAAUUCAACUUUUUAUAACUCAAUCUAGUGACAUCCAGGUCCAACAGAAUGUUGAGACCCCAAAGUGCACAGACAAGGCCCAAGUCAGCCUAUUCCAAUCUUUCAGGACAAUCCUAAAGAAGCUUGAAAGAACCACCUGAGAAUCCCACCUACAAGAUAGAAAGAACCAAUUAGGACGGCAGAAUCUCCUUAAAAAAUGUGCCCUUAGAUGUCUACGAGGUGAUCAUAGAGGAAACCAACGACUUUCUCAGCAAGACUCAAGUAAAAAUCAUAAUUCUAGCCAAUAGCAAAUUAACCUAUUUUAAUUGAAUGCCGACGACUUGCCACUUGAUUAAGAAAUUGAGUUGCAGAAACAAACACAUUCUUGCAUUGUCGUAUCUGUGCUUUGUCAAAUGGCGCCAGUAACAGAAUGUAAGGUGGAGAUAGUCCCAAUGAGAGGAGGGAAGGAUGCCAUUUUGAAGGAAUCACCUCCAGGAACUGGUAAGUACGAGAUUGUGGUAGAACCAGAUGAUUUCAAAAUAUAUGUUAAGAAAAUGGGAUAUCUAGUUUUCAAAGAUCAAAUAUCUACCAAGGCUGGAGUGUGUGAAUUCAAAUUUGAAUUAGAGAAGGCUAAGAGUCAAGAAGAUGGAUAUGAUCCUGUGUAGGAUGCAUUGGAGAAAAAGCAUAAUAUAAAGCCAUCAAGUGAUUUGAUGAUAAAGAAACCUAAAUAUUUGUAACCUCCCUCUACUCAUUAAAAUCAAAUUAAUCUUAUUUAAUUUCAGUUCAUAGAUUUGGUGAGCAAAUGCCCAGUUCCCAACGUUUACAUCAAGGUUCAAGACGAUACUAAUAAUAAAUUGUACAGCUAUCGUUCCAAUGAGAAUGGUAUUUGCAAAGCCUUAUUGCAAAACAAAAGUAUUUUCCAUAUGCCAUAUUGAAUUAGUUACCAAAGGCAAAAUAUUCAUUCAACAUUGCGAAUACUAUGAUGAAUUAGAAGAAAUCAACGAGCAGCAUCCUCUGUCUGCUACUUCCAUAAACCACUACUACAUUAUACACAAGCCUCAGCAGUCUCAAUUGAUUGUCUUGAUAGUCAACAAGCCAAAUGAGGGAUUCCUGAAUUUCUAUAUAAUUUUGGAAAGUAAUUUUACACAUUCAAUCUAUUAUAGAUAAACAAGUCAUUCAAAGUGAUUCAGACAUUCUACAAUAUCAAAAUCCCAAAGAUGGAAUUCAGUUGAUCAGUUUCUUGAAUCUCUAGAAUAAAAGAGACAUUCUAUAAUUGGUUGCCUGUCUGCCUAAAUUAAAGAUGGAUUCUAUUGAAAAAAUGUAUGUCCUGACUCCAAAUCAAAUUGAACGACAUGAAUUGCCCCAAUUGCCUUAAGAACAAGGCUCAUUAUAUCCUUACUUCUGGAUUCUAGGGUCAUUAAAAGAACCAUAUGAAGCAUUUGACGUGGUUAAUCAAAUCAUCAACACCACUCAACUGAAAACAUAUCCUAAUCUUACCAAAUCACACAAAAAUCCUUUAGAAGUAGCCUAAUGCGCAUUCUAACAACCAAAUCUGAUUGUUGCUGCCAAUCAAAAUGGCAGUGUCAGCAUAUGGAAUUUGGACAGUUACCUAAUCGAUGUCACAAUUAAUUGCAAGUUCUCUGAUCAUGUCAAUACUAUAAUCAUUUGGGAUGACGACAACGUUAUGAUCUCUGAUAAUGCUGGCUCAGUAGUCUGGUUGAAGAAGGAUGACGAAACCCAAUUGUUCACCCUCUUAUACACACUGCCAAUCAACAAAAAGACUAAUUCCAUGUGUAAAGUCGGAGCUGAAGGAUUGGCCUUGGGAACUGUAGAUGGAGAUUUGGUGCUGGUCAAAGUAGAUUUAAGACAAUUGCAAUUGUACAUUGAUGCUACCGUCUAAGUUGAAUCCUCCACACAAACUGUUGAUCCUAUCAACAAGUUGGUUUCCGUCACAAAUGAUCAAAUUGCCUUCUUGUGUGAUAAUAGCAAGUCCAUUUUCAUCUAUAAGAUUGAGAAGUCAUUGGAUAAGCCUUUGAGUGGAACACUCAUCAAACAAGUCAUAAUCAAAGGCUAUCUCAGUGGGGGAUCACCAAUACUCUAGAUUAUUUCAUUGGAUCAACGCUACUUAAUUUUUGGAGGUCUGGAUGGGGUAUUACACACUUUGAGCAUAGAUUCGCUAGAGAGAGGCCCAAACAUCAGUCUUCAUUCUAAUCAACAAGUCAAUAGUGUUCUAUAGAAUGAAGAUGGAGUCCUCAUUGCUCAAGGCAGUCAUAUUAGUUUUGUGUACUCCCCAGAGACUGUCAAUGAACUCAAAAUUACUAAUUAAAAGUACUUUUAGUCGCCAGUCCAGUUGCAUCAAGGAGAGUGCGUUUGUUAUGAAAAGAGAUUGCUUACAUUUACUAAGUAAGGCAAGAUGGUCGUUUGGUCUUUGCAAGACAAACUCUUCCCUGACAUUAGUAACUUUUUGGUGGACACUGAAUUUCCACAUAAGUUAAAACCUAUCGAUAGACAAUACCUCUUGGUAGAUGCCAAGAUCUCUAAAGAGAACUUCAGCAUUUAUUUAAUUAAGGAGAAUGGAGAAAUCAUUAAAGAUUCAACUAAACUCAUUAAAUUCGAAAGAGAAGACACCUAUUUUUAUAUGGAAAUCGAUUAGACAUAACAAUAAGGCUUAUGGAGAUUGGGAGCAUAUCUUUAGAAUACAGAACUGAUCAGAUCAAAGUAACCUAAAAUAUACUUUAUAUCCUCACAUGGAUUUUAAAUAUUAAAUUUUCCUUAAUAAAUUCCUAUUAGUAAGAAAUAGGCAUAUCAUUGGCUCAUUGGAACCUUAAUUCCCAAUGUAGAAACAUUGAAAUCUACUUCACUUUAUACGGAUUCUUAAAUUGUUGGCAAAUUCCCAAGUUUGGAAAUGAGUAAACAUGAGGGUAAGAUCAAUCAAAUAGUCUUCCUUAAUAAAGAUGAGUUCAUUACUGCAGGGGAAGACAAAUAAGUUAUAAUUUGGAAUGCAUAAACAUUUGGAAUCAACAAGGUGUUGCAACAUGAAGCUGAAAUCUUAAGCGUUUAUGUACACAAUGGAAUGUUGUUGGCCGGUAACAAGGAAGGUACUGUAAUUGGAUGGAAAUAACACGAUGGCAUUUGGUAAAUGGACAUCAAAUUCAAACAUCAUGAAAAGGGAGUCUAUUCCAUUGUCUAUGUUGACGGUAGUAUUGUGACUGCAUCAGAGGACAGAAAGAUUCAACUGGUCAAUUUUGUAUCAAGUGCAUUGGAACAUGUGGAACCAGUAGACAGAACAUUUGUGAUAUCAUUGGUUGCUUAUAAUAAAGAUGUGUUUGCAGCAGGGUUCCCAGAUGGCAGAGUCAAAACAUACAAAAGAGUAUAUUUGAUGAUUGCUAUAUAUAGGAAAAAACAGGUCCAAAGAUUAUAUUGAAGACUUUAAGAACAGUUACUACAGUUAAAGUGUAACAUUUGUACAUGGUUAGCAACAAUCAAUUGUUUGUAGGAGGCAUGGAUAAAGUGAGUGACCUAAUGAAUGUCGAUCAAGGAACCAAAUUGAAGUAAAAUAAUCAAUUAUUGUAUCAUUUAGAACAUUAAAGGAUGGUCACACAGGAUCCAUCUUAUGCAGCUUGCUCUAUUGUAAACAUCUUAUUACUGGCGGUUCAGAUGGUAGAUUAAGCAUCUGGAAUUUUGAUAAAGGAUUGCUAAUCAAGACAUAUGAAUUGACCAAAGAAGAAAUUAGAGGAGUCUUUAUUGUUGGUAGACUGCUCAUUACUGCAAGUAAAAUUAAAAUCAAAUUUAGGUUCCAAUGGAAUGAUAAGAAUUUGGUAAGAGAUUUGCCCCUUUAUUGAGUAAAUACCACCUGAAGAAGAGCCUGAAUAACAAUAAUAACAAUAAUUAUAAUAGUGA